CCGGCGCGGAAGCCGCUCUGCCGCAGCGAUGGCUGCCGGUGUCCCCUGCGCGCUGGUCACCAGCUGCUCUGCCACCUUCACCGGGGACCGGCUAGUGCAACAUAUCCUUGGGACAGAAGAUGCCGUUGUGGAAGCGACUUCCAGCGACUCUGUGAGGUUUUACCCCUGGACCAUCGAUAACAAGUACUAUUCUGCAGAGGUCAACCUGUGCGUGGUGCCAACCAAGUUCCUGGUCACUGCCGAGAUCGCCGAGUCAGUCCAAGCAUUUGUAGUUUACUUUGACAGCACACAGAAAUCAGGUCUUGACAGCGUCUCCUCAUGGCUUCCUCUGGCAGAAGCAUGGCUACCCGAGGUGAUGAUUCUGGUCUGUGACAGAGUGUGUGAAGAUGGAAUAAACCGACAGCAGGCUCAAGAGUGGUGCAUCAAACAUGGCUUCGAGCUGGUGGAGCUCAACCCAGAGGAGCUGCCAGAGGAGGACGAUGACUUCCCUGAGUCCACAGGAGUGAAGCGGAUUGUGCAAGCAUUGAAUGCCAAUGUCUGGUCCAACGUCGUGAUGAAGAAUGACAGGAGCCAGGGCUUCAGCCUUCUCAACUCGCUGGCUGGAGCAAACCACCACAUUGGAUCAGCAGAGAGCUGUCACUCCGAGCAGGAGCCAUCGCCAGCAGCUGAGAGGACGGAGUCCCUCCCUGGCCAUCGCAGUGGUGCAUGUGGUUCAGCAGGCACACAGGCCGACAGCACUGUCGACCCCAUGUUAGACCUGGAUAUUCAAGAAUUAGCCAGCCUUACCACCGGAGGAGGGGAUCUGGAGAACUUUGAGAGACUCUUUUCAAAGUUAAAAGAAAUGAAAGACAAGGCUGCGACGCUUCCUCAUGAGCAAAGAAAGUUGCAUGCAGAAAAGGUGGCCAAAGCUUUCUGGAUGGCAAUAGGAGGAGACCGAGAUGAGAUCGAGGGCCUUUCUUCGGAUGACGAGCACUAAGUUCUGCCUGCUAGGUUUGACUGACACCGAUGCCAGCACUGUGCGCCCCAAGUGCUUCCCUUCUCUGCUGGGUUCUGUUCUGCCAAGAUUGCCAUUAGCACGCUGGCCACCUGACUGUUUUUUGGGGUUCCCUUACCUGAGCUUUUAGAAAGGCGCUAGGGAGAAAUCUUUGCUCCUGCCGCAUAAGUGACUGAGGAGUGAAAGGACAGCAUGGAAAGGACAGAGAGCACACUGUGAUCCCAGCACCUGAGGGGCCGAGGCCAGCCUGGGCUCCGUAGGGAAGCCCGCUUCUGUGCUGGAUUGCCAGCGUUCACACUGGCUGCAGGUCGGGCUUGUGCUAUCUGCUGUGUACUGUCACUGGUCCACACCAAGAGCACAGCUCUGACCUAAGGUGAAUGUUAAUGACAAGAAAGGAGGCAGUUGUAGACCUAGUAUGUGCCUCGGGGGUAGGGGAACAAGUGGCUCAUGGGUUUGUCUCUUAGCAAGUCCUUACGGACAUUUUUAAGUUAAGUGAGUUCCUGCCACAAAGAAGUAAAAGUCAGAUGUGUAGCUGUAAGAAACAGAGGCAAAGGUCUCUUCCUCUGGGGAGUGUAAACCACCCGUCUCCCCAGCUGCUGGGUAAGGGCCCUUAUUAGUGUAGUCAUGUGUGGACCAGAGGAGCAGCAGUGUUGGUUCCAAGCACACUGCUGACACUGCAACAGUGUGCUCUGACAGGGUGCUCUCCCUGGCUGCCUAAGGUUCAACUCAAGUGUCCCCUUCAUUCUGCUUGGAAGCAGAGAUUACUGUCAAAGCACCAGUACCAAGCAGUGAAGGGACAGGUGAACCUUCCAACAGCCAGGUCCUGAGCUACCCCCAUGCUUUACUUCCAGGGCUGCUGGCUCUACUACACUCCAGGGACAAGUCCCAAGGAAACCCUGUCCUUCCUCUUGUGUUUGAGUGGGUCAGCCCCAGGGGUGCACAAAGCAAAGUUUUAAAGGAAGACAGGGAAGUACAGCAAAUAAAGGUCUAAAGGUCCUUAUUCUGUCAUUACAGACAUAUCUGUGAGGCAGGCAAGCGGGAGUCUUCUUUAUGGUCGUCACUUUCUAAGCAGGUGCAGCCAUGAUGGUAUUCAUCGUGGGCUGAGAGCUGGUCCUUCCCUAAUGUCAAACAUGAGUUAGGUCAUGACCAGAAACAAGAUGCAUCUGCUUGGGUACCACUUACAGGACUGAAACCUGCUUGGCCAGGCCAGAACCAGCACAGGGAGGAACCAUGAUCCUGGUGAUGGUAGUAUUCUAGAAACAGUGGGUGCUGGUUUGUUCUGGGUCCCUGUGCUCCACCCCCCACACACACUCUGAUCUUAUAAUCUUGAGCUUGGGUUUACCAUUACCCUUUCAGGGGGACUAAUACUUUAAGGUGAGUGCAUUAGUUAAGAAGGAAAAUUAGGGAGGUUGGCUUGUGGGUUGCCAGAAAAGGUAGAACAUGUUUGUUUGUUUUUAAAAUGUGGAAGAUUUUAGAAAAGUAUGUUAGGUCACAUGAUUAGGGAAAAAAAUUAGACUAGAAAAGGCCAUGGACUUGAUUCUGCUUACUAAAAACCAGGUAAUUAAAAGAUGAUUUAUUUAUAAAGUC